GUGGUUCAGUUUGACAUUUUUGAUUGACAAGUGCUGUUGUGUUUUCAAUUUUAAAAGUUCAACACGUGUUUUAAUUUUAUAACAUGGUGAAAUUAAAGGCAAAAAGUGGAAAGAAGAAAGUACCUGUAGUACUUCAAAAUAAGAAAGAUGAAGAAAAUGAAGUAGUUUUGCCGCCGGUUCGAAUGUCUGAUGAUCCGGCACCAAAACAGGUGAAAUGGAUCAACCGGCAAAGAGUUUUAGUGUUCGCUGCACGUGGGAUUAAUCAUCGUCAUCGACAUUUGAUGGAAGACAUUAAAAAAAUAAUGCCACACCACAAAACAGAAUCCAAGAUGGAAAGAAGUAAAAACUUGUAUGUGGUCAAUGAGAUUAGUGAAAUGAAGAACUGCAAUAAGUGCAUCCUUUUCGAGGGCAGGAAGAUGAGAGAUCUCUAUUUAUGGAUGUCUAACAUACCUAAUGGGCCCAGUGUCAAAUUUUUGGUUGAAAAUAUUUACACAAUGGGUGAACUUAAAAUGACUGGUAACUGUCUGAGGGGAUCCCGGCCACUGCUAUCCUUUGACCCACAGUUCACUAAAGACCCACAUUACGCUUUGUUGAAGGAAUUACUAACACAGACAUUCGGUGUUCCUAAUCAUCACCCCAAGAGUCAGCCAUUCUUUGAUCAUGUGUACACUUUCAUGAUCUUAGAUAAUAGGAUUUGGUUCAGGAAUUACCAAAUCCUUUCUGAAGAUGGUGCUUUGGCUGAAAUUGGACCAAGAUUUGUGUUGAAUCCCGUUAAAAUCUUUUCUGGAUCUUUUGGUGGUACAACAUUAUGGGAGAAUCCAAAGUACAUAAGCCCUGCAAAAUUAAGACAAGCUGCAUCUAAAAAGGCUGGUAGCAAAUAUGAGAGGAGAAUUGAAAAGAAGGCAGUCUAUGAGGCUACUAAACCUGAAACUGGUUACCCUGAUAUAGAGGGUGCUGACUUCUUCAAGGGUGAUCCUAUGGAGAAGGCUAAAGAAGUUGUUGUCAAAGAAGAGAUAGAAGAACAAGAAAAUUCUAUGGAGGAAGAUGAAGAACAAGAAGCAGGAGAAGAAAGUGAGCAGGAAGCACCGAAACCUGCUUUCAGUAUGUUGAUGAAGAAAUCUAAAACAAAUCCGGAUAAGACAAUAAGGCGUAAACAACUCAAAGCUAAAAGCAAGGCGAUAUCUGAUCAAAUCAAAAAGAGGAAGCAGUUUAAAAAGAAAAAACCUGGUAAAUCAUAAUAAUAAAACUUUAUUUUCCACACAA